AUGAGAAAGAUCAAAUUGUCUUUCUCUCAAUCCACGACUAGACCCGCCAGUCCUACUACUACUCCCAUACCUACGCCAUACAAAGCCGCCGCACAUCCUGUUGGCGCGGCAUUGGCACUUCCCUCAACAAACGUCCCGGCCGCCGCUGUCUUAGCAGCACCACCAAAAGUCGAACAUUGCAUCGACUCCGCCGACACUGGUGCAAUGGCCCCCUGUUGCGUAAUACCUCCACCCGGGCCGGAGACUGUCACACCCAUUCCACCUCCUUCCAAGACCCCUGUGCACUUUGCGGACUCUAAUUGA